AUGCGAAGAUGGAAGGAAGACCUUCCAAAAAGAGUGGACGACCUUCGCGUCGGCAAUUUUGCAGCUGUGGUGUCAAUUUGUAUCGCACGAGAAGCCUGGAAAGCCUUGCUUCGCAUCGAGCCCCGGACGACUUCUGCUUCAUCUUUUCUCCUGACAGAACUUCGUCGACCACCACCAACACCAUCCUCCUUGGCGACAUCCAUCUGGCAACCCAAUCCGUCGGAUCCGUACUGCAAGUUGCGUAGCAUCGCAAACUCGCCCGAUCAGCUCAUCCCUACACCUCCGUCCCCUUCGACACAUCUCCAAAGUGAGUACAAGUGUUGUACCAAUCAAGCGACCCAGAUUCACCUCCGAAUCAUGGUCCUGGAAAGGAAGAUCUGGUUCCGUGACCACGCAGCGUCUGUCGCGCUUCUCGUUCAUUGUCAUCGGCUAUGUCCGAGCGCCACAUUCCGACGAGCCGGCCGCUCCGAUCCAGUCUACUCGGAGCCUUCUUCGCGACAACGCUGCUUGCGAACGCUCUUGCUGACCUUGUCUUCUCACUUCCAUCCGCCUCCGCCGUUACCGACUGCUCAGAAUGUCGACCGUUGUCUCAAAGCCAUCGCCGUUGACGACGAACCCACUGCUCGUGGGCUACUUGUCAGCAUUGGCUGCUAA